AUGUGGUUUGAACAUUUUCGUAUUAAACCAAUUCAAUCAAUAUCAUUGAUCAACAUUAGAUCAACCGCCAUUUUCUACACUCGAUUUGACUUUCUCAUCUCAUCAUCAAAUGCUGUUAUUGCUCAUUCCGGUCAACAAAUAUCAAUUAUAAAACGUGAUUCUUCAACAGCUAUUUAUGCAUUAGAAAAAGUUAUUAUAACAAGUCUCCAACGUACACAAGACAACGCUGUUACACAAUUACGUUAUAAUCAUAAUGGAAAUUUUAUUGCUAUUGGUUAUGCCAAUGGACAAUUGACAUUAUGUGAUGCACUCUCAUUAGAAAGUACUGUUAAUGUACCAUUUCAUUAUGCUAAAACAGCUAUUCUUUUUAUUCAAUUUUCACCGAAAUUAAUUUAUUUAGCUACAACAGAAGAUGAUUAUACAGUAUCUAUUUAUCGACAAAAUUUAAAUGCUGAUCGUACAUUAACUGAAUAUGAUUUAAAUGAAAGUGAAAUAGAUCAACUUGUUUUAAAACCAUCAACACGUAUUGAACAAAUAGCUGAAACAAUGUCAGUUUGUUAUUAUCCAUCAUCAUUAAUAAAAGAAUCAUUUCUCGUUACAACUAAUAAUGAAUAUAAAUAUAAAUAUAAAUUGUAUAAUUCUGAUCUUCAACGUUUACCAUUAACUGGUAAUCCAUAUGAUCAAAUGGCUAGUACAGCACAUCCAAAUCGUGUUCGUGAUGUACGUGCUAGUUAUGAUGGACAAUAUUUAUUUACAAGUGGUGAACUUGAUAAUAUUGUGCACAUGUUACGGUUUAAUCCACAUCUAUUGCUAGCUCAAGCACAAUUGGAUGGAAAAGAUUUGAUAUCAUUUUAUAAAUUAUUAGAAGGUAGAAGAGAAGGAAAAUUUUUUAAAGAAAUGACAGAUUUAUUUUAUUAUAGCCAAUUAAGAUUUCAAGAUAUAUAUCGAUAUGAUCGUCGUGAAGUAACACCGAAAAUUCCAUCAAGUAAAAUAUCAUUUGUUAUGAGAGCAUUAGGUUAUUAUCCAACUGAAUAA